AUGGAAGCAACAAGUGCACAAUUAAAUAAUCCUUUUAGUGUUUUUGUUUCAUCAAAUAAUGAAGUUUUUAUUGCUGACUAUAACAAUCAAAGCAUUAGAAAAGUAUUACAAAAUGGAAAUAUUGUAACAAUAGCUGGAAAUGGAGAUAAAGGAUUUAGUGGUGAUAAUUGUCUAGCAACAAGUGCACAAUUAAAUAAUCCUAUUGGUGUUUUUGUUUCAUCAAUGAAAAAGAUUUUACAAAAUGGAACUAUUGUAACAAUUGCUGGAAAUGGAAAACCUGGAUUCGGUGGUGAUAAUGGCCUAGCAACAAAUGCACAGUUGAAUUACCCUAGAAAUGUAUAUGUUUCAUCAAAUAAUGAAGUUUAUAUUGCUGACUUUUGUAAUCAAAGAAUUAGAAAAGUAUUACAAAAUGGAAAUAUUAUAACAAUAGCUGGAAAUGGAACUAAAGGAUUUAGUGGUGAUAAUGGUCCUGCAACAAAUGCACAAUUAAAUGGUCCUGCAGGCGUUUUUGUUUCAAAUAAUGAAGUCUAUAUUGCUGACUAUAGUAAUCAUGUAAUUAGAAAGAUUUCACAAAAUGGAACUAUUGUAACUAUAGCUGGAAAUGGAAAACCUGGAUUCAGUGGUGAUAAUGGACUUGCAACAAAUGCACAAUUAUAUAAUCCUUCAGGCACUUUUGUUUCAUCAAAUAAUGAAGUUUAUAUUUCUGAUUGUUUUAAUCAUGUAAUUAGAAAGAUUUCACAAAAUGGAACUAUUGUAACAAUUGCUGGAAAUGGGAAAGGAGGAUUCAGUGGUGAUAAUGGUCCUGCAACAAAUGCACAAUUAUAUAGUCCUUUAGGUGUUUUUGUUUCCUCAGAUAAUGAAGUUUAUAUAUCUGACUGUUUUAAUCAUAGAAUUAGAAAAAUUUCCAAUUCAUUUUCUCCAGUAUUAUUCGAAACCUUCUCUAAAACUUCCAAUCCAUUCAAUUUAACAAUUGCCAGUGCAUUCUUUUCAGUAUUCGAAAUGGGUUUUCUACAACUUCUAUCAAUCAUUGGAUUUUGUAAUUCUUGA